AUGGCGGCAAAUAGAGGCGUCCAAGGGCUGAAGUUGGAAGAGGGAUGUUUGGUGGUUCGUCUGGCACUGGUCUUGCCUGAAUCGGAGGUCGGAGCUGAGAGAAAACAGCUCCCAAAGUCGGCUCGUCCUCUCUGCCGAAACCCAGAAAAAUCUGGGUUUAUAAAAUCUGAACUUCGAAAUAUUUACGGUUAUGCCACUGAACUUCUUUUGAUCGUAACUCCUUCGUUACAAUUCCGAUUUGAGUCCACUACAAGUCUACGAACUCGUUUCGUCGCGCUCUACGCAACGUAUGAGAGAGGACUCAAUUUUCUUAUCGGAUGUCUUACCAGCCGAGCUGCUGAAUUCCCAAAUAUGACCGAAUCGGUCCUUGAUCUUCCCAACGAGCACGCCGGGACGGCACGUUUCCUCGGCUAUGUUUUCCACAAUUUUGCAUCCGUUAACUCAGUCUUCUCCAUUAAAGCUUUCAGGUUCGAGACGGAUACAGGAAUUUUCCUUCCAGAAGUUAACGUUUAA